AUGUCUAUCUCAAGUUUUAUCUCGCGAGAAUUUCGGGAGUUCUGGGCUAUUCUGUCUUUCUUAGUGGCAUCGGGAGUGGCCGUCAGACCCCUGGUAUGCGCUUGGCUUACAGGAGAAGUGCUAGAUGGUCCCAUUGCUCCGAUGGUGGCCUAUCAUGGAACGCACUGGGUGUCUGCUGAUAAUGGCACUCUCUUUGAAAAUCCUAGCCUGGGUUCGGAUAACAUGAAUCGUGUUUCUUUGCGCAUCGGGCGGUUGAAACCUGUCGCUGAUCCUGAUUUAAACAGUUUUAUCACCAGAGAAACCAUGGGCUCUCAUUGGAAAUAUUCGUUAGGAUGA